AACUACAGAGCAGGGGGAAGAAACAGUGAACAACAGAGCAACAACGGCACAUACCCUGAGAGAGAAAAAGAGGGGAUCUUACCAGAAGAGGAAAAAGGGGGCAUUGACCUCUUGACCUUACAAACAUCAACCAGCAACUUGCAUCAUCAUGGAAACAGACAUAGACAACGGCAUCAAUUACAAAAAAGGCUCCUCGCAGCAUCAAGACACAGAGUUAUUCUCAAGUGAAGAAGACAGCAGCCUCUACUUCACCUACAGCGGAGGGUGCAACGAGCUGGAGGUCAACAACCUGCACUAUGAGGUAGACACAGCAGCUCAGAUCCCCUGGUAUGAGAGGUUAUCAGAGUUCAAACUGCCGUGGGAGGUAAAGGGAAACAAGCAGACAGCCAUCAACAAGCUCAGCCUCCGGGUCCACAGCGGUCAGAUGCUGGCUGUCAUCGGCAGCUCAGGUUGUGGUAAAACAUCUUUGCUGGACAUAUUAACAUGUCGGGAUGAGGGCGGCACGACGACGUCCGGUCAGAUUCUGAUCAACGGGAAGCCCAACACGCCGCAUCUGGUGAAGAAAAGCAUCGCCCAUGUCCGCCAAGACGACCGCCUCCUUCCUCACCUCACCGUCCGCGAGACUCUCGCCUUUGUUGCCAAACUGAGGCUCCCCACCCACUUCACACAGGCUCAGAGGGACCAGAGGGUGGAUGAUGUCAUCGCAGAGUUGCGGCUGCGACAGUGUGCACACACCAGGGUGGGAAACGACUAUGUGAGGGGUGUGUCUGGAGGGGAGAGGAGGAGAGUCAGUAUAGCUGUCCAACUUCUCUGGAACCCCGGUAUUUUGAUCCUGGAUGAGCCCACAUCAGGACUGGACAGCUUCACAGCCCACAACCUGGUGAUCACACUGUCCCGCCUGGCCCGGGGAAACCGCCUGGUCCUGCUGUCGGUCCACCAGCCUCGAUCUGACAUCUUCCAGCUCUUCGACCUCGUCGUCCUGCUGUCGUCGGGUUCAGCCGUUUACUGUGGCGCUGCUCGUGACAUGGUGCCUUACUUCACCGCUCUGGGAUACCCCUGCCCACGAUACUGCAACCCCUCCGACUUCUAUGUUGAUUUGAUCAGUAUAGACCGACGCAGUCCGGAGCAAGAGGCUGAGUGUUUGGAGCGGGCCAGAGUUCUGGCUGAGCACUUUAUGGAGAAGGUCAGAGACACAGACGAUCACAUGUGGAAACCAGCCGGGACCAACACAGCAGCACAAACUGAAAGCCCUCAGCAGCCCAGCAAGGCAGGAGGAGAGGAAGUAAUCACAAUUUCCCAGCAAAAAAACAGACUGCCGGGCAGACUUCACCAAUUUACCAUCCUCAUCAGACGUCACAUGUACAAUGACUUCAGGGACCUGGUCACCUUAUUGGUCCACGGCUUCGAGGCCCUCCUCAUGUCACUGCUGGUUGGUUGUCUGUACUACGGGGCCGGAAAAGAGCGUCUGUCCAUCCAGGACACGGUGGCCCUCCUCUACAUGAUCGGAGCUCUCACCCCGUUUGCUGUGGUGCUGGACGUCAUAGCUAAAUGUCACACAGAGAGAGCCAUGCUCUACCACGAGCUGGAGGACGGCAUGUACUCUGUCACCUCCUACUUCUUCGCCAAGGUCCUGGGGGAGUUACCAGAGCACUGUGUGUUCACCUUGGUCUACGGUCUGCCCAUCUAUUGGCUGGCCGGGCUUAACGAGGCUCCGGACCGUUUCCUGCUCAACUUCCUACUGGUGUGGCUGAUGGUUUACUGCAGCCGAGCCAUGGCUCUGUUUGUAGCUGCUGCACUGCCUACCCUGCAGACUUCAGCCUUCAUGGGCAAUUCAUUGUUCACUGUCUUCUAUUUGACUGGAGGAUUUGUCAUCAGCCUUGAGAAUAUGUGGCUUGUGGCCUCGUGGCUCUCGCACGCCUCCUUCAUGCGUUGGGGUUUUGAGGGCAUGCUGCAGGUGCAGUUCAGAGGAAACAAGUACCCUGUCAGCAUUGGAAACUUCACAAUCAACGUUGACGGCAUUCACGUGGUGGAGGCCAUGAACAUGAACCAGUACCCUCUGUUCUCAUGCUAUCUGGUCCUGCUGGCAGUCUGUCUAGUUUUCAUGGGGCUCUAUUACGUGUCUUUAAAAUUUAUAAAACAGAAGUCUAGUCAAGACUGGUGAAAACAUCUGGACCAGUUUCAACAAUGAGACAAACCCCAUCUGAAAUCACACACAAGAGGAGAGUGUUUAAGAAGCAUUUUUUUUUCAGCAUUGAAAUGAAGUAAUUUGGGUUGUAGUUCGACUGGUUCGACACUGAGCUUUCCAUCAUUGGUUUUACAGUUCCUGUCAGGAUGUUUCAUAGUGAAAAAGUGCUUAA